UCAGGCUGGUGGCCGCUCUCAUGCUUCUCUUUGGUAUGACCAACGUACGAGUAUAAAAUCUCUGAUGGUAGAGUAGCGAAAAAAAGACGAAAAAAAGGUGCUAGAAAAAAUCAACAAUUUGUCAUUGAAAACACCGCAGCAGCAGAUGCGAGAGCUCGCAACGUGCGCGUAGAAAAGAAGAGUCAGAGAGAGAGAGAGAGAGAGGAAUCUUUUAUAUUUGUAUGCUCUUUUAAAAGUGGGAUAUAUAUACUCGUCGUUUGUUGCAUUUAGCGAUAUCCGCUUGUACGUUUGUAUCUGAGCAACUGAAAACAUGUCCAAUAAAUUCGAAACGUAAGUGAGAGUUUGGUUGUUCUCCUUUAUUUCAUCGUGCGUGUCCCCAUGGACGGUAUUUCGAGCGCUUACAGAUUGAAGGCUACCGCCGAAGACAGCGGUGACGAGGAGUCCCAAUCAAAGGAUAAUCAAAAAGUCGACAAGGGUCCAUUACCUCCGAUAGAGAUAAGUCCAAACGAACACAAAUUACAGUAUGCUUAUGCACUCUGGUACAGUCGACGCAGUCCUGGCAAACAAACCAGCAUACAAAGUUACGACCAAAAUUUAAAGUUGGUCGGUAGAUUUGCGAGUGUGGAACAGUUCUGGGGUCUCUACAGUCACUUGGUACGACCUUCAGAACUGACAACGCAUACAGACUUUCAUCUCUUCAAAGUUGGCAUAAAGCCCAUGUGGGAGGAUGAAGCCAAUCAAAAAGGUGGUAAAUGGAUAGUAAGAUUACGCAAAGGUUUAGUGUCUAGAUGUUGGGAAAAUCUCAUAUUGGCAAUGUUAGGAGAGCAAUUUAUGGUAGGAGAAGAAAUAUGCGGCGCUGUUGUAUCUAUAAGGUUUCAGGAAGACAUAAUAUGUGUAUGGAACAAGACAGCAUCGGAUGUAGCGACAACCGCACGAAUCAGAGAUACGUUAAGAAGAGUAUUACAUCUUCCAACUAGUGCCUCUAUGGAGUACAAAACUCACAAUGAGAGCUUGAAGAAUGUACAUCGGCUCUAAACCCGUACGAUAUUCGAUAUGAGCUCCCGGAAGAUCGCACAUCUGUUUGACAGGAUAUAAAAAAAAUAUAAGACAAAUCGAAAACACAUCCACUUGACGAUACACUUUAUUCACAAGUGUCUGUAUUGUAACUUAUGUAAAUAAUAGAUACACAUUGGUAAUAAAUAAAUGCUCUUAUUUCCAAA